AGAAGUCGAAUCAAUAAUUAUAGGCCAAUUUUAUUAUUCUUACACUUGUUCUUCCAAGCUCAGCCUGCAAAGAUUGUUGCUAUCAGUCUCGCAGUGUUGGGAAACAUCCCUGGCAACUCAGGAGGUUUAAUUCACUGAAGUGGCUCCAACGGCUUAAAACUGUGCUGUCAGACACUGAUGCCCCUCAGUCUUGCUGAAGCCAACAGGGCUGGAGCCCAUCAGCUAGUGAGCUUUGGCUGGGAGUAGCUUUCUGGAGCGCUUCUGCACGGAGCAGGAGGAGCUGCACAAGGGAGGUGGUGAGUCCUUCGGCCGUGGCAGUAUGAGAUCCUGCUAAGUGGUGCUGAGCGUGGCCCAUGAAGUGCCUUACUGUCUGGACAAUGACUUCUUAUAUCAGCUGUAGUACACAUAGCACCCAUUCAUAAAGAGGUCAAAGGAGAGAGAAGAAUUGUCCUUGCAGAAUCCAAGAAGCUCUACAGUGGUCCAUGCUGGGGCUGACGCCCCAGGUCUACUUUCCCUGAUCUCUUUCUUCCUAAGUUCUUCCAAAGGGUUGUAUCUCUGCGAUGGUAUCCAACCCGACUGCAGACCUCCUCUCAGCACGCUCAUUCUGCACAUCCGAGCUUCAACGUAAUUGCCGGGCAAAGAUCUGAGUGGCUGGCGAUCCCUCGGCAUCAUGACCCGAAAAUUCAACUUUGAUACGGAUGGGAAAGCUUGUCUUCUUCAUUUCUUUAAAUAUGACUUUCAGCUAUAGAAAAAUUCUGAAUGGUUUUCCCCGGAUUUUGUUGAUGUGACUAAAGUUUGAAGUGCUUAUCAUAAAAAGUCUACCUGUUUUAAUUUCAAAUAUAAAACGAUAAGGGAAAGGUUACAUUUAUGGAAAACACAUUGCAAAUUUCAGAAAAAGAAAUGAUUUCAUGUGAAAUUUGACAACAAAUUAUAUUUAACAACGUCUACAAAUUUUUGCUUUAUUUUUAUCUUAUUUAUGUAAUAAUACACAUCAAACAGCAACAUUUUUAAGCUCCAAGAAUUGUGAUUGCCUUGUGCCUUAACUCAAAUGUUUUGGAAUGCAUUGUCCACUAGUUCGCUAGGGAUUUUGAGUGAGUCACAUCCCUGCCAGACUCUCCCAGGUGCUUUCAAAAUCGGCCAGGAAAAGCCUUGGCCGCUGACUGUGCCUAGCAUGCAGAUCAGUCUCAAAAACUCAGUCCUAUCUUCCAGCUGGAACAUACCACAUUUCCGGGUCCCAUCUAACUGGGGCUACGUGUAUGUAUCACAGUUGCCUGUGCAUUAGCCUGGAAAAGUGACCCCAGCGAGGUACAUCUCUUGCAAGUCCACUGUCCUUCCCAACUGCCUUGGACAGAUCAGUCACCUAGAUGUGUUAAAGGAAUUCACAGACUUCCUUCUUCCAGCCUUCAAGCUGGGCCAAAGUGCAGGUCUGGAGCAGCGGCCCAUCCUGAGUCCAGUCUUUUCCCCUUUCCUCCGGGUACAGCCCGCUCCCGAGGCGCCAGGCUUUGCUGGGGAAGGCUCCCAGGCGGUGCCACCCGUGAUUACGGUCUCUGUCCGCAGGCCACCCCUCUCCUUUUCCGUGCGAAUUCUUCGCAGGUGUCUGGGGAAGCGGCAGCGAGGCCGGUGGCUGGCGGCCCAGAGAGGCAGGCCUGGCGCUCAUGACUUGCUCUCUCGCCCUUCAGGUUCUGCGUGCCAAGGUCAGGAAGUGGCAGAAACCCGCGGGGCUCCUGAGGACACCUGGGGCAGCCGCCCGGGAGCGCGCUGUCCUCCCCCUCCCCCGGCCUCGCUGGAGGUGUUUAUCUUCGCCUCGCCCCGGCUCUUUCUGUUUCACUUUCUUUUCACUGGGGGGUGGGACUCCCAGGGUGGAAGGCGGCGAGGGGCGGGGAUCCCAGCUGAGCCGCUCGCCGCUGUCGAAGCCCUGGCCCCGGGUCGGGUUGCGCGGGCUACAGAACUCCAUGGAGGUACGGGGCUCAACUUCUCCGCUCGGAGAGGGGCGGUGCAGGUAGUUCUGGAGUUGGAGUUUUCCCCGAAUGCGUCCGCGCAGGGCCCCUCCCGACUCCGCUGCUUCGCACCCAUUUCUCUUCACAAGCUGACGCCCAGACAGGCCGUCCCGCCCUCUUUGACCAGCACUUCAAUUUUUGAUUGCCUGCGUGCAGAGGUUUUUUUUUUUUUCUUCCCCUUCCGACCCUUUAUUUCGCUGGUGGCCUCUCCGCCUCAUCCUCGCGCUUCUGCCCGGGCGCAGACUGCGGGUCCCUGUGCGCCCCGGCGCGCGUCUCGCGUGCGCUGCGCUCUCGGCGCUCCCCGCGGCGCACCGCGGUGACAGCGCUUUGCGCCCCGCCCGCCUCGGACCCGCAAAGGGUGGCAGAGGGUGAGCGACGCGACGUGCGCCCCGCUGCCCUCGCCGCGCGCGGGUUUCCAAGAAGACUUGGUCUGGCAGCCCUGAGAGCGGAGUUUUGAACUGAGUCAAGCUCAGAGAAGUCAAGAAAGAAGCCAACCUCGUGUAGGACCACUUGGUUCUCUGCAGUGAUGUCUCAUUGUGUUCCAUGCUGGUGACAUAACACAGAGCCUGAAGCCCAUGUCAGCAGAUAGCCAGCCUCCCAGAGGUCAUAAACCAUCUUUGAGGAGUACUUCCUUCCAGUGCUACCUGUGUUUUCUUCUAAACAGUCAUUUAUUAACUGAGGCUGGCAUUCACGUCUUUGUUUGGGGCUGUAUCAGUGCAGCUCUUCCUAAGACAGAAGCCAGCUGGCAUGAUGUAAUACAUGACUUGAAAAGAAUUGAAAAUCUUAUUCAAUCUAUACAUAUGGAUGCUACUUUGUACACUGAGAGUGAUGUCCAUCCCAAUUGCAAAAUAACAGCAAUGAAGUGCUUUCUCCUGGAGUUGCGAGUUAUUUCACAUGAGUCUAGAAAUAUGGACAUUCAUGAAACAAUAACCAAUGUGAUCAUCCUGGCAAAUAGCAGUUUAUCUUCUAAUGGGAAUGUAACAGAAUCUGGAUGCAAAGAAUGUGAAGACCUGGAGGAAAAAAGCAUUACAGAAUUUUUGCAGAGUUUUGUACACAUUGUACAAAUGUUCAUCAACACUUCCUGAUUGCAGUUGAUCUUCAGUGUUUCUGUUAUUAACAAACAUCUUCCCAUUGCUUACAGCCAGCAAAGCACUAUGCCUAUGAAAUGUGCUGCCACGCGAGUUUUUCUAGCAAGAAGUUGAUCAGGAUACUGGAUCAGAUGAACUCUCAGAAAUGAAGUCAGAAAAAAUGUGUUUGAGUGACAUAGUUACUAUGAACUUUUCUGAAGCAUUUUUUAAUUUAUUAUUAAGAUUUUGGAUAUUUAUAAUAUAAUAUGAAAUGUUGAAUAAAAUUAUGUACCUGUUUUAUCAAUAAAAAUUGCCACUGGUAUUUUACCUCUUACAGGAAAAUAUGGGCAUUUGUUCAAGAGUGGUAGUCAAAUUAUGCAGGAAGUAGGGCACAACCAACACCGGAGGUCAAAGGCUCUACUGGAUCCACUGAGUAUCAGACCUCAUUUACUUCUAUAUUUGCUAGAGCACACACAGGAAGAAUUGGCUACCAGUGAGAAAAAGAGGAACUCUAUGUGUGAGCCCUCUGCCUUACUCUGUAAUUCAGUUAUUGAUAUAUAAAGCACUUGUUAGCAAAGAAAUACAUUCCAAUACCAGGCAUAUAAUGUGGAUCUGUAAAUCCUAAGUGGUGGUGGCAAUAAAGAACCUUGACUGAAACGUAGAAAGAUGUAUAGAAAAUGAAUAGUUGCAACUCUACUUAUAUUUCAUGCUUUCCAAAAUACAACUAUUUUAUUUUCACAGUCCUGUUUGCUAUGUUCAUAGAACUUUUUAAAAAAUAUUGAUUCAUCGUAGUCUGACAGAAUAUGAUUGUUGGAUUUUUUGCUUAUAAUUUUCUAAGUAUUUAUACUUUUUGUGCUAUGUUCCCUAAAAUUUGCAGGAUUUCUAGGUUUUCUGUUGGUUAAAAGUUGGAAAAAGUCAAUUUAAUUUAUUUCUUAAUUUUCCAAUCUAAUCUUUAGGCAGAGGUUAAUCCUCCUCUGAUUCCUGUGAGGGGAGAAGGAAAAUAAUAAUGCCAGUCACAUUACCAGUACCAUUUUGGUUUUAUAAACACAUGAUGAGCUUAGAAUUUAGAAUUUUGGUAUAUUCAGAGUAAAAUUCUUCUCACAUCACUUAUUUAACAUCAAUAAAUUCAGUUGGUCUUAAGAAACUCCA